UUGGGGAGGUUGGCGUGUUUUACGCUUGCGUCUCCAGACUCGUGAAUACAAACGCCCGUAGAUGACGUACAGAGACAGAAAGGCGAGCGGAGUGGGACGUUUGUCCUCAGCCCUACGACGACGACAGCAGCGAGCGACGCUGUGCUAAUGACUGGAGGACACGUUUGUACUCCAUCUCCCAGAGGCAUGAGCGCGCGUCGCCCGUCGCUGAGCUCAAGAUGAGAGAGUGGUGGGUCCACGUGGGUCUGAUCUGCGUGCCGCUGGUGGCCGUCUACCUGCACAUCCCGCCCCCGCAGCUCUCCGGGGCCCUGCAGAAGUGGUACGACGCCGGACAGGUGUUUCACUUCAGAGGCAGCAGGGUCUUCUACAGAGACUCUCUCGGGGCCUUGGGCAGCUCCGACGUCGUCAUCCUGCUCCACGGUUUUCCGACCUCCAGCUACGACUGGAACAAGAUAUGGGAGCCUCUCACGCAGCACUUCCAUCGGGUCAUUGCGCUGGACUUCCUGGGGUUCGGUUUCAGUGACAAGCCACGACCCCACAGGUACUCCAUCUUCGAGCAGGCGAACCUGGUGGAAGCCCUGGCGGCCCACUUGGGCCUCGUCAACCAACGGGUCAAUGUGAUUUCUCAUGAUUACGGAGACACUGUGGCGCUGGAGCUGCUCUACAGAAGCGAUCGGAACCGUACGGGUCACCUGACUUUCAACAGCCUGUGUCUUUCUAACGGAGGGAUCUUUCCAGAAACACACUACCCACGGCUGCUGCAGACACUGCUGAAAGACUCUAGUUUUCUGGCCCCGGUUCUGACCCGUCUGGUCAACUACCUGCUCUUCCAAAAGGGGAUCGGAGAAGUGUUCGGUCCGUACACGCAGCCCACGGACACGGAGUUCUGGGACAUGUGGACCGGUUUACGCUACAACGAUGGGAACCUAGUCCUGGACAGCAUUCUGCAGUACAUCAACCAAAGGUUCAAACACAGAGAGCGCUGGGUGGGGGCUCUCAUGUCCACCUUUGUCCCAUUGCACAUGAUCUACGGACCCCUGGACCCAGUCAACCCUCAUCCCCAGUUCAUCAGUGUUUACCAGCAGCUGGUCCAGAGGUCCACCGUCACCGUUCUGGACGAACACAUCAGUCACUACCCUCAGCUGGAGGAUCCCACCGGCUUCCUCAAUGCUUACUUUAAUUUUAUUCACUCUUUUUAAAAGGGGUGGGGGCUCCGACAGCCAUAUCGAACAAAGUCACAGUACACUAAUGCACGUUCUCCUGAACUGUACCAAAGUGAUGGCUGGUCACGUAUAGUCAGCAAAUGUGAGUGUGAAAGAACUGUCCUUCGAUCAGGUGAGUGGCUAAUGAUACUGUAAUGUAUCCCGUCAUUGUCUGCUGACUUUGUCUGGCUUCUGUGCCCAGUUUGGCUUUUUUGGAUGUGUAUUUAGUUCAUUUUAAUGAUUUGGUUCUGGACUGUAACAUCCUUUUAGGAUUAGAUACCUUCUCACUUCAGUUAGUAUAAUUUUGUUUAUAGCUCUUGGAAGGUUGUUAAAGUGAUUUUCUGCCUACAGUAAUUGUGUAUGUGAGCUAAAUAAAACCUUAUUUUAAAGUUA